UAUGCAGGGUGAAAAAGAACAAUACAUUAAACUGUUUAACCACAUACGUGUUUGUAUUUGAAAAUAUCAGGAAGUUUCGCGUAUUUGAGAGCAAACGCGUGUUUUUCCCGAAUUCCCUCAUCACUUGAAUUAUUUAGAGUUCCCUGUGACAACACUCGGCAGAGCACUCGCACGAGUUGUCGGUCAGUAGCAGUAGACCAAAAUGGCGCAAAAUAACUUUGCAUUUCUUGCUUUGUUGGUUGUAACGUCAACAGUUACAUUGGCUAGUGCCGAUGAGCGAACGCAAACUGUGGAAUUCAACGUAAAACCCGGCGGAAUGGUGCACACGUUCUCUGAGAAAAUGAGAGAAUAUGAAUGUUCAUUCACGUAUGCAUCACAAGGGGGAACCAACGAGCAAUGGCUGAUGAGUGUGAGCCUGAGCGAGGACGACAGUCUGUUCUCCUGCUCUUUGUGGAGACCCCAAGGGAAGUCCUACCUGUUUUUCACACAGUUCAAGGCUGAGCUGAAAGGAGCCAAGAUUGAGUAUGCCAGUGCAUAUUGCCCUUCUGUCUGUCUCAGUGAUAAUGAUGUAGAACUGCAUAUCCCAAUGGAAACAUGUCUUCUACAUUGACUGUAUGUACCUACCUACACAUUUUUAGACUUCGGUAUGUUUUUAUCCUGAUUUACUGGCAAGCUACAGUUGAAGACGGAAGUUUACGUACACUUAGGUUGGAGUCAUUAAACUAGUUUUUCAACCACUCCACACAUUUCUUUUUAACAAACUAAAGGUUUGGCAAGUCGUUUAGGACUUUGUGCAUGACACAAGUAAUUUUUCCAACAAUUGUUUACAGACAGAUUAUUUCACUUAUUUUUAUUUAUUUAUUUCACCUUUAUUUAACCAGGUAGGCUAGUUGAGAACAAGUUCUCAUUUGCAACUGCGACCUGGCAGUUAAUUCACUGUAUCACAAUUCCAGUGGGUCAGAAGUUUACAUACACUAAGUUGACUGUGCCUUUAAACAGCUUGGAAAAUUCCAGAAAAUUAUGUCAUGGCUUUAGAAGCUUCUGAUAGGCUAAUUGACAUCAUUUGAGUCAAUUGGAGGUGUACCUGUGGAUGUAUUUCAAGGCCUACCUUUAAACUCAGUGCCUCUUUGCUUGACAUCAUGUGAAAAUCAAAAGAAAUCAGCCAAGACCUCAGAUAAAAAAUUAUAGACCUCCUCAAGUCUGGUUCAUCCUUGGGAGCAAUUUCCAAACGCCUGAAGGUACCACGUUCAUCUGUACAAACAAUAGUACGCAAGUAUAAACACCAUGGGACCAAGCAGCCGUCACACGGAUCAGGAAGGAGACGCGUUCUGUCUCCUAGAGAUGAACGUACUUUGGUGCAAAAAGUGCAAAUCAAUCCCAGAACAACAGCAAAGGACCUUGUGAAGAUGCUGGAGGAAACAGGUACAAAAGUAUCUAUAUCCACAGUAAAACAAGUCCUAUAUCGACAUAACCAGAAAGGCCGCUCAGCAAGGAAGCCACUGCUCCAAAACCACCAUGGAAAAGACAGACUACGGUUUGCAAAUGCACAUGGGGACAAAGAUCGUACUUUUUGGGGAAAUGUCCUCUGGUCUGAUGAAACAAAAAUAGAACUGUUUAGCCAUAAUGACCAUCGUUAUGUUUGGAGGAAAAAGGGGGAGGCUUGCAAGCCGAAGAACACCAUCCCAACCGUGAAGCACGGGGAUAGCAGCAUCAUGUUGUGGGGGUGCUUUGCUGCAGGAGGGACUGGUGCACUUCACAAAACAGAUGGCAUCAUGAGGAAAGAAAAUUCUGUGGAUAUAUUGAAGCAACAUCUCAAGACAUCAGUCAGGAAGUUAAAGCGUGGUCGCAAAUGGGUCUUCCAAACGAACAAUGACCCCAAGCAUACUUCCAAAGUUGUGGCAAAAUGGCUUAAGGACAACAUUCAAGGUAUUGGAGUGGCCAUCACAAAGCCCUGACCUCAAUCCCAUAUAAAAGUUGUGGGCAGAACUGAAAAACCAUGUGCGAGCAAGGAGGCCUACAAACCUGACUCAGUUACACCAGCUCUGUCAGGAGCAAUGGGCCAAAAUUCACCCAACUUAUUGUGGGAAGCUUGUGGAAGGCUACCCAAAACAUUUGAUCCAAGUUAAACAAUUUAAAGGCAAUGCUACCAAAUACUAAUUGAGUGUAUGUAAACUUCUGACCCACUGGUAAUGUGAUGAAAGAAAUAAAAGCUGAAAUAAAUAAUUCUCUCUGCUUUUAUUCUGACAUUUCACAUUCUUAAAAUAAAGUGGUGAUCCUACCUGACCUAAGAUAGGGAAUUGUUACUAGGAUUAAAUGUCAGGAAUUGUGAUAGAGUUUAAAUGUAUAUGGCUAAGGUGUAUGUAAACUUCCAACUUCAACUGUAAAUCAAAGCUAAUAUAGGGCUUUAUAUGGGUAGAGAUGAUAAAAUAGAUUGUCAUGGCAACACACAGUACCAGUCAAAAGUUUGGACACAGCUACUCAUUCAAAGGGU